UUAAAAUUUGAUAGCGAAGAAAAUGACAGUAAGAUUGAGCAAAAGAGAAGCCUCUUUUUAUAUCAAUUCUGCCAUUAGAAGCAUGGAGAGGUAUGAUGAUAAUGGGCGUGAACCGUAUAAUGAGAAACUUGGACUCAGGCUAGUGCCAUGACAGAGAGAAAGAAGAAAGGAAAGACUAGAAAAGGAGUACUCUUAUGAGAGAUUUGAUCGCGAUUCCUCACCUACUCAAAGAGAUGCUAUAAAAGAUACUAAAAAUUACGACAGUGCUUACUCAAUCGAACAAAAGUCCCGUACGCCUAAGAUUUACGACCAGUACUCAAAACCCCAUAGACAAAACUCAUGAAUAGACAAAUGCUAUGACAGAUAUUCCAAAGAACUCCUCAACCCCUCUCCUAACUCCUUCUCCAAGCAACUUCCCGAACAAAUACUAGACAUAAAAUAACAAAACUGAGUUUUCAAAAUCACUUAACUCAAAAAUCUCUUCUAAAAAUCCUCAAGCUGCUCCUAAGCUAAACCUCAAGCUGACCAAAAACAACUUCCUUAAAGAAUACGAAGCGAAGCUUCGUGAAAUAAAGUCCAAGUACGACAACAAGCUCGAACUUCUACGUCAAAAAUACAGUGGUAUGACUCUAAAACCCAUGAACACUCUGAUGUAACUCUUUAUAUUAUUUCAAUUACCCUCAUUAAA